AGACCUCGUGCCUAUUUAUUUAUUUAUCUAGCUUGAGACAUGGUUUCACUAAAUACUUCAGGCUGGCCUAGAACUUGCGUGGUAGACCAAGCUGCCUUUGAACUCACAGAGAUCUAUUUGCCCCUGCCUUCCAAUUGCUGAGAUUAAAGGCAUAUGCCACCACGCCUAGCCUUAUGCCUUUUUAUGUGUUUCAGACUUAUUGACAAGUUUCAAAUAACGCAGAGAGCACUCUCUUACAUGGAGGCUCCACCAACUUCUAUAACUCCCGCCACCUCACUUGAUACCGUUCAUCUAUAUCUGCUGAGAAUUGGGGUUCUUACUGGCUAGCAGUGGCACAUGUGCGAACACACACACACACACACACACACACACACACACACACACACGCCACUCUUACACACUCUGAACUUCAAGCCUGUGCUUUCUCUCCAUCCAUUCAGGGAAGAACAAGGACUCAGACCUAUUCUCUGUCCCCUCAGCUUGUUAAUCCCUCCCAGGACGUCAUGCUGAUUCACACUAAAAAACACUGAGGUUUGACGGGGUGAGAGCCCACCCUGAGGGCCUCUCCCUUGUUGACCUAACUGAAGUGUCCACUGCCUGAUGCCGGGGUGUCCUCUCAGCCUGUGGUGGGGAGUCUGUCUGUCCCUUCCUGUGUUCUUCUUCGGGUGAAGACUCAGGAUGAUCGGACCGGGUACGGGCAGUUCCCGUCACUUGACAGGCAGAUGGGCAGCCUCCUGGCUGGAGCACAGACGUGUGUUCAUCUCCUGUAUUUGGCCAGCCUGGCAGUUAUUUCUGAAAUCUGACUCUUAGUACCAUGGGGGUGACCUUUGAUCCACUUCCCAGCAUUCACCUGCACUUAUUUUGCUCCCCAGUGGCUUAGUCACAGAGUGGACGGUGCAGGUAGACACUCGAGGCGUGACUAGCCGUGCUGGUUAAGCAUUCAUUACUUUUAUUGGCAUGGUCUAGAGAGGUGAAGAACAUUUAAAGAGGACUUCUUCAGUUCAGAGUCCAAGGUCACUGCAGCCACCUGGGAAGAGUCAAUCUCUACAGAAGCAACAAGGAGACUUGCCUGGAUCGUGUGCUGGAAGCACUGGGCUAGGAGGCUCCUGCUCUGCUUCUGAAAGUGUUGCCAGCCUGGACCCGUGCACUGUGUCUCCAGAGGUGGCUGAGCAAGGGGAGCACCCCCAGGAAGCCAGAGGCCCAGAAGGUUCUCCACUGCCCAGAUCAUCUCUGCCCUGGGAACAGCCGUGCCCCUCAGCCUCCAUGCCCUUCACAGAGGGCCCCUCAGAAGGUUGCUUGGCCAGCUCAGAAGCAGAAGCUCCUGAAGACAGCACCCUGACAAAUCACCUUAGGAUGGAACCCUCCCCCAACAUCCCAGGGAACAUCUUACCGACAUCCACUCCUGAAGUAGAUGGCCCCACACAGCACUCAAUGGCUGCCAGAACCCCUAGUGCUGAAGGAGACAAAGAGCUGAAGGAAGAGGGACCAAAUUCAUCCUCCAAUCGCACUGGCCAAUUGCCAGGAAUUUCCCUAGUUCCUCUCCAGGAGCCAAGGACAGAGCUGCUGUCUGGAGAGGGCACUGGGCCUCGUGACUUUGAGUUCCAAAGGAAAGAGGAUAUGGAUGACUGUCCCUCCCCAGAGUCAGCAACCAAAGCCCCUGCUGCCACUCAGCCAGGGAUGCAAAACUCAGCUGACCUUGAGUCUCCCCCAAAACUUGAGACUAUGGUCCCACAAGAUUCAGUCCUAAGAUCAUCAGACAGAGAAAGAGAUGGAGUGGAGGUGCUACCUACGUGUUCAGCCAAGAAUUUGGAAUUUCUCGAAGGCUGCCAUCCCUCUAAAAGCAACUCCAGAGCUAUCCCUGGAUCAGGGACAAGCACUGCCUCCCAGGAAAGCUGCCAGCAGAAAGUGGAAAUGCAUCUGCCAUAUGCAGAACUGCCCUCAGGCCCACCAGGUCUUACCACAGCACCAGCAAACAGUGGCUCCUGGAAAGAGACUCUGGACACCAGCGAUGCUCAGAGGCAACCACAGACAGGGACAUCGGGAACUGAGCUCCAGCAAGUUGUCUGUGUGGCAGCAGCCAGCCAGCUGAAUGGGAGCUUCCUUCUGAGUGCUGAGGCUCCUCUCUUCACUAGAACAGAGGAAACUUCAAGCUCAGCUUCAAGUCCCACUGCACACGCAGCUGCUUGGAAUUCGGUUGCCUCAGAAGAAUCCACAGAGACUGUUUCUGAGACAAAGAUGUCAGUUUCUGCAGAUCUGGCUGCCACAGAACAGAUGGAUACAGGGGUGGCAGAACGGAAGCCAACAUCAGAUCUUAGAAAAACGCAAGAACAACCAGAAGGUAGCCUCCAGCAGGUUCCUGCACCUUUCUUGCAGGGGCAAAAUGAUACAGUCCAACAAGGGCUGUUGCUGCCAACUUUCUCCCAUGGCAUUUCAAAUGAAAGUUCAGUGGAACCAACUGAUGGUCCCAAGGCCCCCAAGAAUACUCAAAAUAGAGUUGUGGCUAGAGAGGAAAGCAGAUCACAUGGAGACAACCUUGAGGGACAGCAAGAAGCCACCAGAGCCCUUGCUGGUGCAGAGCCUGGGAACCAUGAUGAAGAGAAGUCUCAAGCCUUUCACAGCAAGCCCCAUCUGGAGACCAAGAAAGGUGAGGUUUCAAAGGCACACAGUAAUACAGAGAACAAAAUCGUUCCCAGCUCAGACUCAACACAGCCACUUAGACAGGAGGUUGCUGGCCACAGGGAUGGGUCCCACUCUGGAUCAGCAGAGGUAGUGGGGCAGGUGGUUGCUGAAUCCCAUGUGACUGACACAGCUACCUCACUGCACAAACUCCAUGAGGAGGACCCCAUCCUGUCCUCAGCAUCAGAUGGCACUGGUGAGCACUUUCUUCCCCAAGAAGCCAUCUGGGAAAGUUCAAGAUCUCAGACCAAAAGCCCAGUCAUGCUUCAGGACAGGGGAGGAUUGGAAGCAAUAGAGUCACUUCCUGCUUUAGAAUCUGAGAAAGGAGAUUUCCUGCCUGCUACAGCUGCGGAGGAGGUACCCAAAGCUGGGGAGAUGGAGGAUAUAUUGGAAGUAAAGAAGAGCCACUCACCCUUUCAUCCGCCUUUCAGCUGUGAUGGGGAAGGCUUGCUGAUGUCCCCAGGCCAACCUUGUGGGGUGGAGAAGGUUGAACCUGGACAGGAAGUCCAUGCUGAUGCGUCAUCUCCCCGCAAUGGGAAAGACUCAACAAUAGGCCAUGGACUUGCUGUGCUCAGUCUGGAACAAGACUGUCAGAGAAAACUGUCUUGCCCAGAGGACAGUCUCCCACCAUCUCCAAAGAACCGUCUCCAGCCAUCUCAACUAGACCCAGAAGCGUCCAUCUCUGCUAUUCUCUGUGACAAGAACCAACCACCUACAAAUGGGCAAAAGGCUUGUCAAAGUGACCCAGGUCUGAAGAAGCAGAGUACAGAUCCUUCCUCAAUCCUGGUACCUGAGGAAAGGAAGCCUUGGGCAGAUGUGAGCUUGUCCACUCAAGGAGGAAACGAGCAGGGGUCAGAGCUUCCCUCCAAAGGCAGCCCAUGCAAUACUCCAAGUUCAUCACCCAAGGAUAAAGUUCUGGAAGGAGCACCACCGUCAGAGAUGUCAGAACUGUCAACCCCACUGGGACAAGAGUCGCCUGCACUAGGGGGAAAUGAGCAAGAGGGCACAGGCAGCAGUAGUCAGCUCUCAGAGAUCCCGCCUCCUGCAGCAGCCACCGCUCUUACAGAAAACUUGGGUGGGAAGGAUAGUCUCUCUACUGGGCAGGGGCUGAGCAAGUCCCAACAGGAGCUGGAUGAUGCUUUGCAAAUAGGCAGCCUGCGUGAAGAAGCACGUUGUGGGGACUCGGGCCUUUCUGAAGCCGGUGACGUACUGCCUCCGCCUCUGGGCUUGGAUAAGACAGAGACAGCAAGUAGAAACAGAGUGGAGGCCCUGCCCUGUCCACCUGACUCAGUAGCUCUCCUGGAUACAGCACACUACUCUCCAGACCCAGUGCCUACCAAUCCCAGAGUCACACUCACCCAGGAUGCCCUAGAGAGCGAGGCCUGUGAUGAGGGCCAGAAAGAGUCGGCCCCACAGCUGGAAAUGGAGCAGCCGGCCCCCUUGGGUACAGAAGCACAGAGUCCUCUUGGAAGUUUCCAGAAAGCAGAGGAACGAGAUGGUAAAGGUGGAUCUGCCGAAGUGAACGUCGAUGCCAGUGAAGGAGACCCCGGGAUGCAGCAGGCUUCAGAGGCACCAGAACCUGCUCUGAGUAGUGGCUUCCUUCAGGCUGACCAGAGCCUCGCCUCCACCCUGAGUGAGCCACGCCAACUUGUGCAGCUUGAGCCCAGCUGCGGGGAUGCCUUGCUGCCAGCUGGAGAAACAGACGGGAUGCCCAGAAGUUCUGUGGACGUUCUGACACAGCACACUGUUUCAGGCCCACAGAGCCUUCUGCCGGCUGAACCACCUGACACCCCUUACCUGCAUAUCAAUAGUGCUGCCAGGAAGGAUGCAGAAGAUGGAAGCACGAGAGGAGCCGUUUCCUCUGAGGACCCCGGAGCACCUCAUGAAAGUCCUGUAAAGGAGCCUCCACCUGCUUUGGAAAAUGACACCCUUGAAAAGACACCUGCUGUCUCCUUCACCACAGUCUUGCAACCAGGAACUGCAGAUGGGGACAUCUCUGCAGCGGGGGAUGGUAAUAGUAUCGGUAUCCCCCAAGCUGGAACCACUGAGGGGCACGUGAGUUUCAUGCCCUACCUGGACAGGAUGCCUCUCCCGGUCAGAGACGAGCAGAUGGCAAGGGAGAUGCAUGUGGCUGCUGCUCCAGAAGCAAAUGCCAGGCCCUCUGAGAUCGCAGCAUGCCCUGCCAGUGAGGAUGCAGCAGGAGAGAGAGAGGGGAACAGGGAGAGGCCAGUAGAACUUACCCCAGAUCUGAGGGUUGUUGCAUCAGGUAGCGAGGGUGCAAGCUCCAAGCAGACCAGCAUAAUAGCGGGGCUUCCUGAUUUUAGGGAGCAUAUCACCAAGAUCUUUGAGCAGUCUGUGCUUGGAGCCCUGGCUGCUGACCGGCCCCAUAGUAAAAAGUCAGGAGUUCCAAGGAAUGUGCUGUUUGAGGGUCCUGAUGUCUCACUGAACUCAGAGAAGCUUCUAGAUGGGGCACAAGGAGUGGCUGCUGCCCUUCUCCCUGUACCUCCUGCAGGACUCCAGGUUGAGAAGAAGCAAGAGUCAGCUGUUGAGGCUGAGAGUUCUCAUCAAGUACCCCAGGAUCCAGCAUCAGAGAAGAUGAUGGGUCUGGUGGGGACAGCCUUGGAGGAGAGCAGGCCAGGUGCCAGUGUUGAAGGAGAGAGGACUGGAGAGCCUGUUCAGGGAACUCAGGCUCACUCACAGCAGGCAAGAAGCAGGCAGGAAUUAACAGUGGGCCUUCCCUCUUCUGCAGCUGUUCAGGGGCUACCAGCAGAAAGAGCCCCUGACUUCCCUGUGGCUCCCCAGAGCCAUGCAGAUGUAGAUGAGGCUUCUGCUCAAGGUGACAAAAGCCAUUCCAUAAAAGAGCACCUGGAAACAUUGCCCAGCAACGGUCAACAAAGAGAAGAUGGUACCUGGGACCCUACUCACACCAAGGGUCUAACUAAUCUAUCAGGAUCCCCCUGUGCCCUGAAUGGCUCUUCUCAUGGAAGUGUUUUGAAUGUGCCUGAACCUAUCAGUGAGCCCUUGAUCCCUUCCACACUUGAGGGUGACAGACAGAUUGAAGCUGCUGUCAGUACUGCAAACAUGCAAAAUAUGCUGGGCAACCAGGAUGCCCCCAAAAUGCUGGCUGGAGGAGUGUUGACUACUCCCCUGGAUCCCAGCAAAAUGGCAAGAGCUGCUGAGGAAGCAGAAGGUGAUGUCACACCAAGCAGGGCUGAGACGUGGGCAUGUGCGUCUGGUGACCUCCUUGAAACAGGUACUACAAGGAUGCUUCCCGGUGUGGCAGGUAACUCAGCACAUCCUGGGAGCUUUCAGGACUCAGGAUGUUCUAACAGGGCUCAGGUGAUGGAGGAGGAUGCAGCCACCCUUCAAGGGGACAGCCAGGUUGAAGACCAGCAAGCCAAGCAACAGCUGGGCCCUCAGCUCCCUACUCCUGUAGGGCAUGGGAAGCCGAGUAUCUCUUCUCCUCCAGAGCCUGAUGAGAGCAAAGAUGAAAAGCUGCACCUGGUGGCUCCAGAAGAACUCCUCAGUGACAGAAAGAGCCCAGGGCCUGGCCCGGCCACUUUACCUUCAGUUCCUGAGGCAUGCGUUCCGAAAGGCUUUCCAGCAGAGGCCAGAGAUCUGGGAGGAGUAGAAAGUAUCCCUGGAACUGAUGAUGUCAUCCAGCCAGCUGCUCCUGUUGACCCGGGACACCCACCCUUAGCUGACUCGUCCCACCAUGGUGACGCUGUCAGCUCAGUCUCUACACAUCUGACAGUCCAGAGCGCCUCCCCAUCUGCUGCCCGUGCAAGUCCUGCUCCUUUGGCCCCAGAACAUACAGCCUCGGCUCCCUCCGCAGCCGGUCCUGGAGUAGAAGUCACCCCCACUGCCUCCCCCCAACACCUGGCCAAGAACGAACCCAGGAGUUCCGACUCUGAGGAAGCCUUUGAGACCCCCGAGUCAACGACCCCUGUCAAAGCUCCACCAGCCCCUCCCCCUCCACCCCCUGAAGUCACCCCAGAGCCUGAGGUCAUCGAUCCACCAGCCCCAGAAGAACCAGGAUGCAUUUCUGAGCCACCGGUUGUGGUUCCCGAUGGCCCUCGCAGCAGCGAGUCCGUGGAAGGAAGCCCUUUCCGUCCUUCCCACUCCUCCUCGGCGGUGUUCGAUGAAGACAAGCCGAUAGCCAGCAGCGGGACUUACAACUUAGACUUCGACAGCAUCGAGCUGGUGGAUAACUUCCAGAGCUUGGAGCCGUGCUCUGCCGACUCUAAGGGUCAGGAGUGUAAGGUGAGCACGCGGAGGAAAUCCACCGAGUCCGUGCCACCCUCCAAGUCCACGCUGUCCCGUUCGCUUAGCCUACAAGCCAGUGACUUUGACGGUGCUUCUUGCCCCGGCAGCCCUGAAGCUGGGACCCUUACCACAGAUGCAUGUGGCACAGGAUCCAACAGUGCUUCCAGCACCCUUAAGCGAACUAAAAAAACACGGCCACCUUCCUUGAAAAAGAAGCAAGCCACCAAGAAACCCACAGAAACCCCCCCAGUGAAGGAGACCCAACAGGAACCAGGUGAAGAGAGUCCAGUCCCCAGUGAGGAACACUUAGCACCAGAGACAAAGACGGAGUCGGCCACACCUGAGGGCGCUGGUUGCACCUUGUCAGACGAUACACCCCUGGAGUCCCCUGCUGUCCCCACAGCCACCUGUCCUCUGACUUUGGAGAGUGCAGAAGACGUUAGCCCCCUGGUUUCUGGAGGUGGCAGAGUGCAGAACUCACCCCCAGUUGGGAGGAAAUCAGUGCCUCUUACCACAGCCUCUGAGGCGGUGGAGGUGACCCUGUCGGACAGUGGGGGGCAAGAGGACUUGCCUGCCAAGGGGUUGUCAGUGAGGCUGGAGUUUGACUAUUCUGAGGACAAGGGAAGUUGGGAGAGUCAGCAGGAAAACGCCCCUCCCACCAAAAAGAUAGGCAAGAAGCCAGUUGCCAAAAUGCCCCUAAGGAGGCCAAAGAUGAAAAAGACCCCCGAGAAACUUGACAACACUCCUGCCUCACCUCCAAGGUCCCCUACUGAACCCAGUGACACCCCUAUUGCUAAAGGUACCUACACCUUUGAUAUAGACAAGUGGGAUGACCCCAAUUUUAACCCUUUUUCCUCCACCUCAAAAAUGCAAGAGUCUCCCAAACUGUCCCAACAAUCGUACAACUUUGACCCUGACGCCUGUGAAGAGUCCCUUGACCCCUUUAAGGCAUCCUCUAAGACCCCCAGCUCACCUUCUAAGUCCCCAGCCUCUUUUGAGAUCCCAGCCAGCACCACGGAAGCGGAUGGGGAUGGGUUGAAUAAACCUGCCAAGAAGAAGAAGACUCCACUAAAGACUGACACGUUUAGGGUGAAGAAGUCUCCAAAGCGGUCUCCUCUGUCUGACCCGCCUUCUCAGGACCCCACUCCAGCUGCCACGCCGGAAGCACCCUCAGCCAUCUCUACAGUGGUCCACGCCACAGAUGAGGAGAAGCUGGCAGUCACUAGCCAGAAGUGGACGUGUAUGACGGUGGACUUGGAUGCUGACAAACAGGACUUCCCUCAGCCCUCGGACCUGUCUAACUUUGUAAAUGAGACCAAAUUCAAUUCACCCUCAGAGGGUAAGCAACUCGGUGGCCAGCCAGACCCACACCUUGCCUUGGAGAAUACUGUCCCUAGGGGGCAAAGAGCCAGAAAAGGUACUUGCCAGCCAGAGCUGGACUACAGAAACUCCUAUGAAAUUGAAUACAUGGAAAAGCUUGGCUCCUCCUUACCUCAGGACGAUGACACUCCGAAGAAGCAGGCCUUGUACCUUAUGUUUGACACUCCUCAGGAGAGCCCCGUCAAGUCUCCUCCAGUCCGGAUGUCAGAUUCCCCAACUCCAUGUUCAGGGUCGAGUUUUGAGGACACCGAAGCCCUUGUGAAUGCAGCAACAAAGCUCCAGCAUCCAGUCGCAAGAGGUCUGCCCUCCAGUCAGGAGCCUCUCUUGCAGGUGCCUGAGAAGCCCUCCCAGAAGGAGCUGGAGGCCAUGGCCUUGGGCACCCCAGCAGAAGCAAUUGAAAUCACAGCUCCCGAGGGUGCCUUUGCUUCUGCAGAUACCCUCCUCAGCAGGCUGGCCCAUCCCGCCUCUCUCUGUGGUGCACUUGGCUAUCUGGAGCCUGACUUAGCAGAAAAGAACCCCCCAGUAUUUGCCCAGAAACUUCAGGAGGAGUUAGAGUUUGCUGUCAUGCGGAUAGAAGCCCUGAAGCUGGCCAGGCAGAUCGCCCUGGCUUCCCGCAGCCGCCAGGACACCAAGAGGGAAGCUGCUCACCCACCAGAUGUCUCCAUCUCCAAAACUGCCUUGUACUCCCGCAUCGGGUCCACCGAGGUGGAGAAACCCCCAGGCCUUCUGUUCCAGCAGCCAGACCUGGACUCUGCACUCCAGGUUGCCAGAGCAGAGGUCAUCGCCAAGGAGAGAGAAGUCUCAGAGUGGAGGGAUAAAUAUGAAGAAAGCCGACGGGAAGUGGUGGAAAUGAGGAAAAUUGUGGCCGAAUAUGAGAAGACCAUUGCACAGAUGAUCGGCAAGCCUGAGGACGAACAGAGAGAAAAAUCCAUCUCCCACCAAACUGUACAGCAGCUGGUCCUGGAGAAGGAGCAAGCCCUGGCUGACCUGAACUCUGUGGAAAAGUCUCUGGCUGACCUCUUCAGGAGAUACGAAAAGAUGAAGGAGGUCCUGGAAGGUUUUCGAAAGAAUGAAGAGGUGUUGAAGAAAUGUGCGCAGGAGUACCUAUCCCGAGUGAAGAAAGAGGAACAGAGGUACCAGGCCCUGAAGGUGCACGCCGAAGAGAAACUGGACAGAGCCAAUGCAGAGAUUGCCCAGGUUCGCGGCAAGGCCCAGCAAGAGCAAGCAGCCUACCAGGCUAGCCUGCGGAAGGAGCAGCUUCGAGUGGAUGCUCUGGAAAGAACGCUGGAGCAGAAGAAUAAAGAGAUAGAAGAACUCACCAAGAUUUGUGACGAGCUGAUCGCCAAGAUGGGAAAAAGCUAACUCUGGGCCAAGUGCGUGGACUUGGCCGUUGCGUGCAAUACGAGCGUCGGCUCAACUGUUUGUCCUUCCGAUUCCGUGAACAGCGUCUCCUUUCACUUCCGUAUGCACUACUGUGUCCUCUUUCUAAAUAAGGUUGGUUUGACCGUAUGCAGUGCCGAGACCUACCAGGAUUCCUUGCUAUCCGUUUGCAUUUUCUAGUAUAAUUCAUAGCAAGUUGACCUCGGAGUUCCUGUAUCAGGGAGACUGUCAGAUUCUCUAAUAGACUACAAAUUGCUGGCCUUGGCCUUGGCCUUUGGCGAGCAGCAUCUGAUGGGACGUGAACAUAUGCAUCGGGACUCUUGCCUUAAGGAGUGUACAAUUGAUCCACAUUUGCUGGUUUGGUUUUUUAGGAAAAAAAAAAAAAAAGAAUGCAUGUUUCAAAUAAAAUUCUCUAUUGUAAAUAAAGUUUUUUCUUUGAGUCUUGGCAGCGAGUGUGGCUGUGAGUUAUUUUCUGGGAAUGGCUGAGUCCUUUCCUUCAUUAAAUCAUAUCAGGUUUUGGUCUCUGCCUCUUUUGCUUAUUGAUUUAAAUUGCAUUUCCUUCAUUAUCGUGUCUGGGUUUGUAAGAGGGAGCAAAUGAGAAAUAUUGAUUGGGGCUUAAAUAAGUAAGUGGAUAUAUUGGAUUAGCUUAGAUUUCAUUUUUACAAAGCCUUGGCCAUUAGGAAAAAAAAAAACAAAACUGUUUCCUUUUAUAACUCUGUGGAGGAAAUAGCAAGCUGUCAGUCUUUCUGUCCUGCCCCUUGGUGCCUGACCAACCCUGAAACACUGCCUAUUUCUUUAUAAAUGGUUAGGAAAGGCCCAGGAACACCUGGUGGGAGGCAGGCAGGCAAUUAGCCAUUUAGCAACAUGACCACUACCAGGCUCCCUGAUGCUCUGACCUGCACACGUGACCUGUGACCUGUGAGGGAAUAUAGGGUAAAGGAUGAGAUGGAGGGAUGGGGAGGUGGAAGGUACCCUGGUUUUCUAGGGCUGCUGUCACAAAUUCCCACAAACAUAGCAGCUGAUAGCUUCCAGAAGUUCAAAGUCAAGUGUCCAGUGAGGUUUGGCCUCUUGAAGAGAAUCCAUUUUACCCUUCUUUCUCAGCUUGCUGUAUCCUUUGCUACAUUAAGCCUUAACUCACACAACCCUCUCGGCCUUUUGUGUGUCUGUCUCAGACACCCCCUCAUAGUGGAUACUCUCCCUGUGACUCAGCUGUGUCUCCAGGUCUCUUCUUCUUUAGUAUGUAGUAGUUGCUCUCACCCCAACUGAGCUCUUAUUAUCUCCAGGUCUCUUAUUGUUUUGAGACAAGGUUGCUCAAACCGGCCUUGAACUUAUUCUGUAGCCCUGACAGCCCCUGAAUUCCUGUCUCAGCCUCCCAAGAAGCUGGCGUUACAGGUCAGCGCCACCACGCCUGUCCUUCUCUUUACCAUCACUGGACUUAGAGCCUGCCACAAAUCUGUGGCGAUCUCAUCCUGAGAUCCACAGAUCCAUCACACCAGAAAAGCAAGACAUGGAUCUAAAGUUACUUCUCACGAUGAUGAUGGAGGACUAUAAGGAAAGAAAUAAUUCCCUUAAAGAAAUACAGGAGAACACAGGUAAACAGCUAGAAGCCCUUAAAGAGGAAACACAAAAAUCCCUUAAAAGAAUUACAGAAAAGCCGGGCGUGGUGGCGCACGCCUUUAAUCCCAGCACUCAGGAGGCAGAGGCAGGUGGAUUUCUGAGUUUGAGGCCAGCCUGGUCUACAAAGUGAGUUCCAGGACAGCCAGGGCUACAAGGAGAAACCCUGUCUCGAAAAACAAACAAACAAAAAAUUACAGGAAAAUACAUCCAGACAGGUGAAAGAAUUGAACAAAACCAUCCAGGAUCUAAAAAUGAAAGUAGAAACAAUAAAGAAAUCACAAAGGGAGACACUCUGUUGGGCAAGUCUCAGCUGCAUCGGGCUUCUCUGUGCUUGUCGCCUACGCAGGAUUGGUCCACAUCUCUCACAGGGCCCUUGGAGCUCACCAACUAACAGACCAUGGUGAUCUUUGGUUCGGAAUGAUUCUUGACCUGCCUUUUGUUUUCCAGAAGGCCUUUAUUUGCUUUGCCACAUCUUGUUUUGCCUUAUUGAAGCACUGUUCCAUAAAGCUCUUGCUAGACUCCCACUUGGCUGUGACCUUGAACUCCUGACCUGUCUGUCUUAACCUUCCCAGUGCUGGGAGGUGUGUGUUGUCUUCAUGCCUGCGCCUGGCUUUCUUUGUACUUUUCUUUUUAGUAGACCUGUGCUUGUCUGUGUCUGUCUACUGGAUACUAUCUGCGGAGAUCUAUGUGCUCUCUGAGGGGGAGGGUGGAGCCAGAUCAAGGCGAGGAGCUGCCAGGGUCCCUUCUGUGGUGGCUGUUGCUCCUCCUGGAGUCAGUACAGCACGAAGGUUGGGGGCCACUGAAAGGGAAGCGACUGAGCAGCUUCCAGUGAGCUUCGGGAGAGAAUUCUUUUCCCCAAGUGUUACAGCUCUGUAAGACAGAGGCUGUCGGCGCAGUUUGAAUCAUGGUGUGACGGAGGAGUGGGCGCGCUGGGAUCUUCCCGAGUAUCCGCCUGGCCGCCUCUCUUCUUGCAUGUCCCAGCUUCAGCGCAGUCCGAGAUGGCUGGCGGUAAGGCUGGAAAGGACUCCUGAUAGGCCAAGACAAAGGCGGUUUCCCACUCGCAGCGAGCGGGUUGCAGUUCCCUGUGGGCCGUAUUCAUCGACACCUGAAAUCUAGGACAACCAGCCACGGACGUGUGGGCGCGACCGCUGCUUUGUACAGCGCAGCCAUUCUGGAGAACCUCACCGCAGAGGUACUUGAGUUGGCAGGAAAUGCAUCAAAAGACUUAAAGGUAAAGUGUAUCACCCCCUCGUCACUUGCUAUCCGUGGAGAGGAAGAAUUGGAUUCUCUGGUCAAGGCUACCAUUGCGGGUGGUGGAGUCCUUCCACACCUCCACAAAUCGCUGAUUGGGAAGGAAGGACAAGACUGUCUAAGGAUGCCUGGGUUCCUUAUUAUCUCAGGACUCUAAAUAGUCUUAACAGCUGUCCAGUGUUGGUGAUUCCAGUGGACUGUAUCUCUGUGAAAAACACAAUUUUGCCUUUUUGUAAUUUUAUUUGAGCAAGUUGGAGGCUUAAUUAGUCUUCCAACCAACCAAAUUCCUGCAUUCGAGUCUUAACCAUAUUUAAGUGUUACUGUGGCUUCAAAGAAGCUGUUGAUUCUGAAAUAGUGGGUUUUGAUGGAGUUGACUGUUUUUUUAAAACCUGUUUGGAUUUUAAUCGUGAUGUAGAAGUUAUAGUAACAAACACUUGGUUUUGUACAGACAUUGUUUCCACUCUGGUGGAUAAGUUCAAUAAAAGUCAUAUCCCAAACUA